AUGCAUCCCGGACAGAUCACAAUAAGACGGACUGGUAUUGAAACAACUAUUCUUCAUAAGCCUCAUCCUGUCAUGGGUAUCUUUCAAAGUCAACCCUGCGCAAAGAUUUUGUUAGGCAUUGGAAAUACAGAUUCUCUGGCAUCACUGGACUGCCUCUCAUUGUUGCACUUCAUGGAGGAGCACGUUCCUUUGAAGCGAAAGGCUGUAGAUCACUUUCUUGAUGGUUGUGAGCGGCCCACUCACAAGAGACGUAUGGACUGCCUUUCAUUGUUGCACUCCCUGGAGGAGCACGUUCCUUUGAAGCGAAAGGCUGUAGAUCACUUUCUUGAUGGUUGUGAGCAGCCCACUCACAAGAGACGUAUGGACUGCCUUUCAUUGUUGCACUCCCUGGAGGAGCACGUUCCUUUGAAGCGAAAGGCUGUAGAUCACUUUCUUGACGGUUGUGAGCAGCCCACUCACAAGAGACGUACACCUGCCUUCUGGAAUGGAAAAAAUCAAUCUUCACAGGAUCCAAUCCACUCAGAUCUUCGACAGGCCCAGACAUUGUCAUUUGUACGUGACUUUUCCAAAUCCUCAAUCCCUAAGAAAUGCACUCUGGUCUGCAUGUAUGUCAUCGAAGACCUAAGUGUCCAGGAAGAAGGUCCUCUAGGCCAUUUCUCGAGGACUCAUGAAGGGCUCGAACAAAUUGCCAGUAUCACAAAGCCAUAUGUAAGAGCCAAAAAGCAAGUGUCAGAGAAUUUUCUGGAGCAGGAUAAGGAAAGGGCAAAAUGCAAAGCCUCUGAUGUGCCCAGCAGAUCUUCUCCUCCAAUGCCUAAGAGGUGCUCUUGGUCCCGCUUGUCUGGAUUACUUGUAACAGAGAUUCUGGAAGACAUGCCAACUCAGGAUCUGCGAGUUGUUGCGCAGGUAUCUUGUCUCUCUCAGGAGUUAGCCGGUCCUCUUUACCUCCAUUACGUAGGCUUAUCAUUUGAUGAUACCUCCCUGUGCAUCAGCACACAAGCGUGUUUCACCCUUCUCAUGUACAGGUGCUCAACUUUAUUUCGUGUGCCGAAGUAUCUGCGAUGCAAUCUCCUCGAUGCGGAUGAUCGCCACCUCCAGGCGCUCUCGAGCUUCAUAGAGUUAUUGGGAAGCAAUUCAUUGUUAUUUGUCUCCAUUGUGAAAGAUGGCGAGAUGCUGGGAGAUUUUGCGCCUCUUUUUCAGUCCAUCCGAGACUCAGGCUGCAGGAGUCUUCGGUUCUUGGAUCAGUGGGGGUCUCACCUUGCAUACCCUCUGCUGACUCUUCCUGAUUUCAUUGCUGCUCCAGAUCCUGCCAUCACAAAUAACUUUCACAUUUUUCAUGCCAACUCCCCAAUAUUUUUCUCCCGAUCUAUGGUCGCACUUACCCUCUCGUCCUUGCGGGGCUCUUCAUUGACCGACCUCAGCCUAACUCAUACUUCAUUGAGCGUUCUCCAGUGGACGGUGUUAAUGCAUGACAUUCACUUCCCACGGCUUCAUUUUUUGUCUAUCGAUGUCGAGUGCCCUGCCACCACGCUCAUCGAGUUCUUGACACGGCAUGAAGUUCACCAACUCUGGCUUUACAGUAUGUGUCCAGAGAUCGUUUCUCUUGAUGGCAUGGACCUUACGCAAAAUGUAACCAUUCCCCGCAUUCCCAUACAUAGCUUGCACUCUCUCGCUGGACCGCACUAG